AUGCCGUGGGCCACCCACGCCGGGAGUGGGCGGCUGACGGGGUCGCUCCUGCCACUCGACGCCUACCGCCGCGUUCGCCGUGAACCUGCAACUUUGCUGAAGAAGGCGGCGGCCACUGACGAGAAGAAGCGCGCUUCUGUCGUGUGGGAAACGGUGUCGUCGUGGGAGGGAAGUGAGGGAACGGGCAGCGGCUCCGCGGUCUCGGGCGCCAGUGGUGCCUCCUCAGACAAGCCGGGCGACUGCCGCGGGCAUCUUCAGACUCGCAUGGAACGUCUGCGGCGGCUUAACCCCUUCCGUCGAGGCCCUUCUGUCAGAGGCGCGGCCGCCCCGUCGGCUGCUGCUGCAGCAGCAGCAACGAAAACCAGUGGGGCGGGUACAAGCGUGGGAGGGACCCGCGCCAGGCGGGCAGGCGUUUCUCGCGUGGACGCAGACAGGGAUGGCCAAGGCACAGUUCUCUCCAGCCACGUCUUCGCAACCGCCCCGCCACAGGUGCCGCAAACACUUCACGCCGUGGGAGCACGCCCGCGCGAGCGCAGGUGCAGGGUGCGGUGUCUUGCGCCUGCAGAGUGGUCGGCGUUGCUGCAGUUGUCGGGUGCGGGGGAGGGAGUUGAGCUCUAA